AGCAGCAGCAGCCACAGUAUACCUUAGUAAGAAAAGAGAGGAAGACGUUGGAUAGUAUUGGUAUAAGAGAGAGAGUAUCAUGGCGAGUAACGGAGAUUUAAUCUUUAACCCGGCCCAGAGAGUGGCUAAAGUAUCUCACUGUUCUUCUAUGGAACAAUAUAAACAAUUGUAUGAGAAAUCUCUCAAAGAACCGGAAGCCUUCUGGGGAGAUAUAGCUAAGAAUUUUCAUUUUGAAGAGGAUGUGACAGGGAAGUUCCUGGACUAUAAUUUUGAUGCAUCUAAGGGGGAAAUAUAUAUUAGGUGGAUGGAGGGUGCGAAGACCAAUAUAUGUUACAACUGCCUGGAUGUUCAUGUGCUGGCUGGGAAGGGUGACCAAGUGGCCUUCUACUGGGAGGGCAAUGACCCAGCAGAUGCCGAGGUGGUGACCUAUGGUGACCUACUGAAGGAUGUGUGUCGCGUGGCCAACCUUCUGAAGGCCAGAGGAGUAAGUAAGGGCGACCGUGUAGCCAUUUACAUGCCCAUGAUCAAGGAACUGGUGGUGGCCAUGUUGGCUGUUGCCAGAAUCGGCGCUGUUCAUUCUAUUGUGACAACCUCAGUGACUCAGAAGGAAUACAGGACCCUAGCUAUGCCAGUGCCAUCACUGAAUAGGACACUUGCUGCUCCAGCACCAAAACCUAGUGCAGCACUGACCUACAAACAGUCAAGUUGGGAUGGCCCCAGUGCUGAAAAGGUGCUUGCCAACAUGCUUAGGGCUGUAACAGACAGGGAGACUCCUAAGAACUCUGAUAGCUUUGCUCUCUCUCCUUUACGUAUAACUUCGUCAAUAUUUAUGGAGGCUUCGCUAAAAAUAUGUCAGUCAAAAAAGCUGAAAGUUAAGAUGAACCUGGUUGUACAACACAUGAAGAAUGUUACAUCACCACAAGCUGCAUCCAAUGGCACAGCCAAUGGGAACCCAGCCAAAAAAACUCAUUUUGAUGACCAGGGCAACUUUCAGGUCAGCUGGAAUUCAAGUAUAGAUGUGUGGUGGCAUAAAGCAAUCAGUAAUUUAAGCAGUGAAUGUCCUCCUGUGUGGAUGGAUACUGAAGAUCCUCUCUUCAUGCUGUAUACCAGUGGCAGCACAGGCAAGCCCAAAGGAGUGUUGCAUACCAUUGGUGGAUACAUGUUGUAUGUUGCUACAACCUUCAAAUACACUUUUGACUAUCAUCCAGGAGACGUCUAUUUCUGCACAGCUGACAUUGGAUGGAUCACCGGUCACUCAUAUGUAACCUAUGGACCUAUGCUAAAUAAUGCUACAUCAGUCUUGUUUGAAGGGGUGCCCACUUACCCACAUAUUGACCGUUUCUGGGAAAUUAUUGAAAAAUACAAGGUAACCAAGUUUUACACAGCGCCUACUGCGAUCAGAACACUCAUGAAGUUUGGUGAUGAACCUAUAAAAAAGUAUGACAUCUCAAGCCUCACAGUCCUGGGAAGUGUUGGAGAGCCCAUUAAUCCUGAGGCCUGGCUGUGGUACUACAGAGUGGUGGUUACUCCACACAGUUCCAUAGUUUGAUACUUCUGGCCAACAGAGACUGGAGGUCAUGUUAUAACUCCACUGCCUGUGCCUCACUACCAAACCAGAUCUGCUACUUUUCCAUUCUUUGGAGUAGAGGUGGCCUUGUUAGAUGAAGAAGGUAGAGAAAUUAAGGGUGAAGGAGAGGGCUAUUUGGUGUUCCGGCGACCCUGGCCUGGUAUUAUGCGCGACGGUGGUCCUCUGGGAGGAUGCGAGAGCGCUUUGAAACUACAUAUUUCAAGAAAUUCCAAGGUUUCUACUGCACUGGAGAUGGUGCCAAAGCGAGAUGAAGGAUGUUUAUCCCAGUUAAACUCCUUUUUUCAGGUUGAGAGUUCACUUGUGGAGCAUCCAGCUGUAGCAGAAUCUGCAGUAGUUGCAAGACCACAUAGUGUAAAAGGCGAAUGCCUUUACUGUUAUGUCACACUGGCUGAAGGCAAUGAGUAUACCGACAAAUUGGUUGCAGAACUCAAAAAUAAAGUGCGAUCCAAGAUUGGUGCAUUUGCUACACCCGAUUUCAUGCAGCUUGCUCCUGGACUUCCGAAAACUCGCUCAGGCAAGAUAAUGAGAAGAGUUCUGCGUAAAAUUGCUGUUGGAGAUAGAGACUUCGGUGAUAUAUCAACUCUGGCAGAUCCUGGUAUUGUGGAAGUAUUGUUCCAACAUAGACCAAAAGAAGGGAGGGUAUAGAUUUUAUGUUCAGUGGAUGAUUUUGUUCAGUACAUUAUAUAUUCACUGUAGAUGUAUAUUUGUCUGAUUUAGUCUUGAUGUGUGCAUCAGGUGGUGCAUAUUCAAAACAGAUAAUAGUGUAUCAUAUAUACUGUGAAAGGUACCUUUGGAUACAGCAGUACUUAAAAAGUACUUAAAAGCUAUCAAAGAAUAUUCAAUUUUAUUAACUUUACUUUGGUGUAUGUAUAGUAUAACCUAAUGAUAUGUUAGGGUUUAUGGUGCAUAUAUUGUUACUUUAUAUGUUGAACCUUGUGACCAUUUCUCUACUGCAUUGAGAUUACACAAUAUAAAAAAUCAAGGAAAUAGUAGUAAAAGGUUUUACACCAUUAUUGGUGCAUCUUUUGUGCUUGUAACAUGAGUGAAAAUUUUCGUUAAUUAAAAUAGUUUAUAUUUUUAAAAUAAUAAACUCACUAUGUUUUAACUCUUUAAAUCAUUGGUAGUUGAUUAUGUUCCUUUCCCUUGGUUAGUUGCCUGUGAAAUGGGAUUAUGGUGUUUUUAUUUAACAACAUAGGAAACUGCUGUAUAUGAAUUACAUUUAAUUGUUCCAUAUUCCAAAGAAGAUGCAACAAAUCUAGGCAUAUUAUACUAGGAUUUUUUUUUUUUUUUACAAGUUUAGUUUAUUCUAAGACCAUCAGAAAGAUAAUAUUGCAUGUAGUAUAUUACUUUUGGGGUUAAUCAGUUACUCAGUAUAAAGUUAUUUUUGUAGGUAAUUUUAAUACAGUAUAUCAUAUGAGGGUGUUUGAAGUCAAAGCAUUUGUAAUUCAUCAUAUGCAGCGUACAUGAUCUUCAUGACUGACCUGUUGCUGUUGAAAGUCUGAGAGAUUCAUAGUUGUCUUGCGUGAGACCCGUCCAUGUAUUGAGCAGCUGAUUCUCAUACAGUCACUCGACCUUUUGAAUUGUUAAGUAAAUAAAUACCAGCUUACAGUUUACCUUUCUCCUUUAUAUAUUUAUUUAUUUAAUGUACGGGUACUAAUUAAUAUACCAGUGCAGUACGUACUGUAUUUUCAUUUUAUGUUCAAAUUUGAAUUCCAUAGUUUGUAAAAAUUAAAAAGUGGGUACAGUAAUAUAAAUACAAUUUUGGUCAGGUGUGUUAGCCAUCAUCUUGUAAAUAAUUUCUAAUUUGUAUAAAAAAUCUUUAUUAUUUAAAGUAGGAAACAAGGGAGGAUGAUCUAAUGAAGAAAACACAUCCACUAUCAUUCAUUCAUUAACUGUCAUGCCAGAAGUGUUCUGACAUCACAGUUCAGAUUACCCUUGACUGUAACAUUUGCCACUCCUUCAUUGGAGUGCAGACACUGCCCCUGCCACAUCCAGGACUCAAGUCCAGCUAACUGGUUUCCUUGAAUGUCCUUCAUACAAUAGCACAUCUGUUAGAAACCACUUGUUUCUGUUAACUUCUUAUACUCCCAAAUAAGCUUGCUUAAUGCUCGAGCCUCUAAAAUUCAGACUCCUUUAAUCUGUCCCUCCAACUGUUCCUGGGAUGACCUCUGCUCUCACCUUUUACCACAGAUUUAUACAUCAUUUUUAUGUUUGUAUGUACAAUAGAGCGUUCAUUAACACUGUAGUUAUGUUCUUGAAAAUGGUGUAUAAUUAAAAAAUUAUGUAAAUAAACUGAAGAACAUCUGGGAAAGAUUGGGUUAUGUUCCUAACACCUAAGGAAAUGUCAGAUAUUUUUUUUUUUUAAAGAUUUGUAAUUUGUCUCAAAAAUAAUAGUUUUCUAUUCCUUACACUAUAGUUGUUGUUGCUUAUUGAUACAGAAAUGUGAGGAGAUAUGACAGGUUAGGUUAGGUUAGAGGUUCGUCAGGAAACAGGACAAGUGUUUCCUGACGCGGGUCUUAGUCAGAUGAUGACCCGCCUUUGGAGCUUUUGGUCAUCUGACCGAGGCCUUCCGCUGGCUUACCGGUCCACCCUUUUAAAAAUUAUGGUCAUUUAUAACCAUUGUCUGUCUAUACCCUAUGACAGGUAGUUCAGCAACUAUCAGUUCCUAAAGCCAUCAUCUGUAAACACCAUAGUAUAUUAAUGGCCAUAAAACAUUAUUUUUUAUUAAAUGAAUAUUGGGUUAUGUAUUUCUGUAGGAACAAUGAAUACAAGCUAUCCCAAAGAACAUGAAAAAAAAAUUAUCAAAAUAAAGAAAACCUUAGAUCAUCUCCAUACCUUGCUGUUAUUGGUGGGCUUAAGGGUUGGUGGCCCAAGAUUCUCUGUUUCUGCUGUGAAAUUGACUACCAGAAUGCUUGUGUAGACAUAAACUAUGUGAUUCAUAUUAAUAAUUUAUUUAAAUAAAAAAUUAAACAGUAAAAUUUUUCCCCCUCACAUUUCAAUAAUAAAAAGAGUAAAGAGUAGAGAGUGGUGAGGAGGGAGGGACAAGCAGAUAUAAACAUUGCUGACACCCUCACACUCUUUCUUUCUUUCAACACACCGGCCGUAUCCCACCGAGGCGGGGUGGCCCAAAAGGAAAAACGAAAGUUUCUCCUUUUACAUUUAGUAAUAUAUACAGGAGAAGAGGUUACUAGCCCCUUGCUCCCGGCAUUUUAGUCGCCUCUUACAACACGCAUGGCUUACCGAGGAAGAAUUCUGUUCCACUUCCCCAUGGAGAUAAGAGGAAAUAAACAAGAAUAAGAACUAGAAAGAAAAUAGAAGAAAACCCAGAGGGGUGUGUAUAUAUGUGCUUGUACAUGUAUGUGUAGUGUGACCUAAGUGUAAGUAGAAGUAGCAAGACGUACCUGAAAUCUUGCAUGUUCAUGAGACAGAAAAAAGGACACCAGCAAUCCUACCAUCAUGUAAAACAAUUACAGGCUUUCGUUUUACACUCACUUGGCAGGACGGUAGUACCUCCCUGGGCGGUUGCUGUCUACCAACCUACUACCUAUAACACCCUCACACAUCCUCCUUUAUUUAUCACAAAAUGCAGCUUUAUGAACUAAACUAAUGCACACUGUAUAGGAAGUAGGUACUGUAUACAAUAUAUAAUUAGACUUCUUUCAUUUUUUUAUAAUUGAUUAUGCAAAUGUAGGGAAGCAGUGUACGUAUAUAUAAAUGGUGGUGGGAAUCACUCGCAUGGACAGGUGCAGAAUCUGUGUACCCAAAAUAUGCAAGUGUGAGUAUUAUUCAGAGGGCUGAGGAGGGGUUAUUGAAGUGGCUUAGACAUUUCAGGAGGUUGGAGCAAAAUAGAAUGACUUGGAAGAUGUAUAAAUGUGUAGUGGAGGGAAGAAGAGGUAGGGUUUGCCCUAGGAAAGGUUGGGAGGAGGAGGGUAAAGGAGGUUUUGUAUAGGAGGGAGCUUGGUCAUUAACAGCACAUGUGAAUGUGUUAGUUAGGAGUGAGUGGAAGCAAGUGGUUUUUAUGACAACAUGCUGUUGGAGUGUGAGCAAGGUAACAUUUAUGAAGGGAUUCAGGGCAACCAGUCAGCCAGACUUGAGUCCUGGAGGUAGGAAAUACAGUGCUUGCACUCUGAAGGAGGAAAGUGAUGUUGCAGGCAGAGCGGUGAUCUGAUUGUGACAUCAGCACACUUCUGGAAAGACGGCAAUUGAGUGAAUGUUGGAGAAUGUAUUUCCUUCUUGGAGUCACCCUGCCUUGGCAACCCAAGACAUAUGUACAUAUGAUUUCCCUCUGGUGCAAUAUAUGGGGUCCUAUAGCCUUAGAGAAGUAAAAUGGCUUCAGGGAAAGACUUAUUUAUAUUAUCCAUCUUGCAUCAUUGGUAAAAUGCUAAGUAUGACCUGAUAAAUGCUAUGUUUUAUUGUGGAUUAAAUCAUAAAAAUAUAAACAGCAAAACAUAGGGUUCAUAUUACAUAUGAGAGCCUUCAGUAAAGGUACAAACUUUACUUUAAUUAUUUAGUAGAAAAAUAAGAAAUAAUGUAUAGAGGUAAAGUACCUGAUGUUAAUAUUCUUGUAACACUUAACUUGGUAAGAGACAUUUUUUUAACAAAGGAAUCUUAAAAAUGUAUACCGAGAAGUGUAUAUCUCUCAUUAUACACAGUUUACUUUAAUAUCU